CUGCUAAAAAGCAAAUAAACUACAUAUUCAUUAGAUUCUAGAAUGUCAACAUCUACACUACUUCCACUUGAAUUAGUGGAUAAGUGUAUAGGCUCAAGGAUCUGGAUUAUUAUGAAGGGAAAUACAGAAUUCUCUGGAACUCUUUUAGGAUUUGACGAUUAUGUCAAUAUGGUUCUUGAAGAUGUAACAGAAUAUAAUGUUUCUACAGGAACAUUAGAAAAACAUAAACAACUUUUACUAAAUGGAAAUGGGAUUUGUAUGUUAAUUCCGGGUGGAGAAGGAGAUUUUCAAAAGGAAUAAGAUAAUAAUAACAAGAAAAUCAAAAAAUAUUUGAAAAAGAAAUAUU